GCGGAGCGCGGGACCGGCCAGCGGGGGAGGCGCCACAUCCGGAGGCUGGCCCGUACUGCAUAAAGCCGCCGCGGCCGCGGGUUGCCUCUGCUGGCAGCUCUGGGUUUUUCUCGCUUGCAGGAGCAGCUGCUCCAAUGCCCCAGAGCUGCCAUGGGCGUCCCGCACUGGUGGGACCAGCUGCGGGCUGGCAGCUCGGAGGUGGACUGGUGCGAGGACAACUACACCAUCGUGCCUGCCAUCGCCGAGUUCUACAACACGAUCAGCAACGUCUUGUUUUUCAUUUUACCGCCCAUCUGCAUGUGCUUGUUCCGUCAGUAUGCAACGUGCUUCAACAGUGGCAUCUACUUAAUAUGGACUCUUUUAGUUGUAGUGGGAAUUGGAUCCGUCUACUUCCAUGCAACUCUUAGUUUCCUGGGUCAGAUGCUGGAUGAACUUGCAAUCCUCUGGGUCCUGAUGUGUGCUCUGGCCAUGUGGUUUCCCAGACGGUAUCUACCGAAGGUUUUUCGGAACGACAGGGGCAGGUUCAAGGUGGUGGUCUGUGUCCUGUCUGCAGUUACAACGUGCCUGGCAUUUGUCAAGCCUGCCAUCAACAACAUCUCUCUGAUGACCUUGGGGGUUCCUUGCACUGCACUGCUCAUCGCAGAGCUGAGGAGGUGUGAGAACGUGCGUGUGUUUAAGCUGGGCCUCUUCUCGGGCCUCUGGUGGACGCUCGCCCUCUUCUGCUGGAUCAGCGACCGGGCCUUCUGUGAGCUGCUGUCGGCCUUUCAUUUCCCGUACCUGCACUGUGUGUGGCACAUCCUCAUCUGCCUGGCCGCCUACUUGGGCUGUGUGUGCUUCGCCUACUUUGAUGCAGCCUCAGAGAUCCCCGAGCAAGGCCCAGUCAUCAAGUUCUGGCCCAGUGAGAAAUGGGCCUUCAUUGGUGUCCCCUAUGUGUCUCUUCUGUGUGCCAACAAGAAAUCAUCCGUGAAGAUCACGUGAUGUCAGGUGGCGGCUGGCUUCUCUGCUUGUUUUCCCUCAUGCACUGGAAUUCAUUUCUUAGCAACAACAGCCUAGGGGCUUUGAAUAGUUGGCAUGGGUUCUGUCUUUUUACAAUUCUGUUCCUGUGGGCUCUAACUGCCAGGAGUCCGAUGUCCAGUUGGGGAAGUGUCUUUUCCUUUGUCAAAGGCAGACAGUAGGGAAAUUUAGGGACGUACGUGUAUCUUACUGGACUCCAUGGCUUGCUGAACCACAAGCUUGCCUGGCCUUGCUCUGCACACUGCCUCUCUCUGGGGAAGACUGCUCUGCCCCAGACCCCACCAUGCUCAGGCAUUAUUGGAACGGACUGGACUCUUGAUGGACAGACAAGACCUCCUGAUUGCUGGAAGGUGCCGGAGAUGUUCAUCUGGGGAGGAAUGUCUGUAAGCAAAACCAAACGAAACAUGCAUAGGGCAGUGGCUCAGGAAGCUAGGUUUCCAUUCGCAACUCUUAACUAACCCAAGUUUUACAUGCAUCUGUGAAUCUUCAUACUACUACCUCUGUGGAGAGCUGGAAACUUGAGGAGUGAGAAGCGAGUGAGCAAAAAGCUCUCUGCCAGAAGCUCCACUGCACUCGUAAGCCAUUUUUAGCACAAUUUUCAAGGGUUGGUGUCAUUUCCGUCCCUACUCCCUUGUCAACUCAGCAGUCUCAGAUGCACAAAGAAUAGCCAUGCUGAGAACACAGACCGCCCUCCUGAGCACUUGAGCUCUCUGAAGUGGCCAGAGGGCUCCUCACCAUCGUGGUGGAGAUUCUGGUCCAAAGUCUUGGAGCAAACAUGAUGUUGUUUGAAAGUUUUUCUCCUUUGAAGUGUCCAGUGUGCUGUGUUGUUCUGGACAUUGCCUUCCAGGAUCUGGCCUCUUGUAUCUCACCCAUUUCCUGUGGGGCCCACGCUCUGCCCCCUUAGAGAACGAGGUGCUUCCUGUGGCUGCGUGGAGUGUCUGCCAGUGUUCUCAGGCCCGCUGGCUGGGGUCACUGCUGCAGCCUGCAGAGCUUUUCCCACCUAAUCCGAACACCUGCUGAAACUCUCAC